CACAAUUGUGAGUCCGCAAAUCGGCAAAUUCCUUCUAUCUAAUAAAUUGAAACAAAAGUGUCAGCUUUUUAAUUUUCAUUUUUUUCCUCUCUUCAAAUCACAGAGCUUUUUUAAGCUCUCUUUAUCUCUGAGGGUCUCCCUUUCCGUCUAUCUUUGUAUUGUUUGUAUGGCAUCUCAAGCCAGCCUCCUCCUUCAAAAACAGCUCAAAGAUCUUUGUAAGAAUCCGGUUGAUGGGUUCUCAGCCGGAUUGGUUGAUGAGACCAAUAUCUUUGAAUGGAGUGUUACAAUUAUUGGACCACCUGAUACACUUUAUGAAGGGGGAUUUUUCAAUGCCAUCAUGAGCUUUCCACCUAAUUAUCCAAACAGCCCUCCAACAGUGAAAUUUACGUCAGAGAUUUGGCAUCCUAAUGUUUAUCCUGAUGGGCGUGUUUGCAUAUCAAUUCUUCAUCCUCCGGGUGAUGAUCCAAACGGCUAUGAGCUUGCAAGUGAGCGUUGGAUGCCAGUCCAUACAGUUGAAAGUAUUGUUUUGAGUAUCAUAUCAAUGCUUUCCAGCCCCAACGACGAAUCUCCUGCAAAUGUUGAAGCUGCAAAGGAAUGGAGAGAGAGGAGAGAUGAAUUCAAAAGAAAGGUCAGCCGCUGCGUCAGACGGUCACAAGAAAUGUUAUGAUCUGUUGCUGGCGCUUCAUCUCUGCAUGUGCACUCCAGGAAUGCCUUAAUUUAUUGUGUGGGGAGAUGUGGUUGAUACACCGCAGUGUCCUUGUAGAAUGCCAGCCGAAGUUCUCACACUUCACCUCUUUUUUUACUUAUUUUCCUUUCUUGUGGUUGGAGUAAUUAAUUAUAUUAACUCUCAAACGUUUUUCUUUUUUCCUGUAUUCAAAAGCGUUUUGGUUAGUGUUUGUUCUCAAGCGUUCCUGUUUGAGUCGGGCAUUUGUCAGGUGUCUCUUCUUUGGAUGGACGAUUUGUCUUUUGCUAGAUGCUUUAAUCCAUCUUGUUAGUGCGUUUUUACCAUCUAUUUUUGGAUCAAAACACUCUUAAGAGUCUUUUAUUCAUUUAUUCUGCCCGCAAAA